AUGUCCUGCAAGGCUCUGGCUCUCUGCCUCCUGGGGCUCCUGACUAUUUCCUCUGCUUGCUACAUCCAGAACUGCCCCAUCGGGGGCAAACGAGCUGUGCUGGACAUGGACAUCAGGAAGUGCCUGCCCUGCGGCCCCCGGAACAAGGGCCACUGCUUCGGGCCCAACAUCUGCUGCGGCGAGGAGCUGGGCUGCUACAUCGGCACCUCGGAGGCGCUGCGCUGCCAGGAGGAAACCUUCCUGCCCACGCCCUGCGAGUCGGGACGCAAACCCUGCGGCUCCGGAGGGAGCUGCGCCGCCCCCGGCAUCUGCUGCAGCACCGAGGGCUGUGGCACUGACUCAUCCUGUGACCAGGAGCUGCUGUUGGUGUAG